GCGAACCUGCAGCAGCGGCGCGAGGUUGGCGGUCUGAAAAGAAGAAAAGACUCAGGUCUGGACCAGGCACUUGACGUGACUAAAGAUACCAUUGCAGAGAUGGACUCUGGAGAAAUGCAAGUGAAGGUUCUUAACAAGCGAGCUUCGGGUCAAGCCUUUGAGGUGAUCUUGACACCCACAAGCCCAGAACCCAAAGACUUCCCUCUGUCUCCUCUGAGGAAAAAAGAAACUUCACUUGAUGAAAUCGAGAAAAAACUCGAGGCUGCAAAAGAGAGACGCAAGAGUCAACAGGCUGAGGUACUAAAACAUUUGGCUGAAAAACGUGAACAUGAGAAAGAAGUGAUCCAGAAAGCCUUCGAAGAAGACUGCAACUUCAAGAAGAUGGCACUGGAAAAACUCGCUCAGAAGAUGGAGGCUAACAAAGAGAACCGCAACGCUCAGAUGGCCGCACUGAAUGAGAAAUUUAAGGAGAAGGAUAAAAGGCUCGAAGAGGUCAGAAAAAACAAAGAGGCAAUUAAAGAAAAGGAAAUUUAACUUUUAUGUUUGGGUUCAUUUAUGACAUUUCCAAAGAUCUGUUUUUAUUUUUUACUGAUGCUGUUUUCAAUUUUGCUGGUUGCAUUAGUUUAUCCUGUUACUGUUGUUACAUGUUUUAGAUUUAGUGUGACAUCUCUAACAUCUCUUCUAAGUAGACCUUGGCAGCUUUUUAUACUGUAUUUGAUUGAACUACUAUAGAGGGC